UUAAGCUGUCUCCUCAUUCUCCACCGUUCACAAGCUCUCUCCGGCGGCAGAGAUGGCCUGGACUCUGUUCUCUCCUCCACACACUCUGACUCUCCCUUUCUCUGCCUUAAACAAGAUCGCCGGAAUCAACAGCUACCGGAAUUAUGGCCUGAGAAGUGAAAGAACGAAGAAAUUCAUCACAGCCAGUGCUACAGACAAAAACAACGAGAAAAGCACAGAGCAGGAGGACAAAGGAUAUACUCCGUUUGGCUUCGUCACUGACAAUCCUUCCAGCCGGAGCGCCAUUCAGCUUCCCGAAACCCCCGCCGAGGAUGGCAACGUCGGCCAAAUGCUCUACAGGAUAGAAGACAAAGGAAAGGAGUAUGGCUCUUACAUCAAAUCUGGAGAGUUUGUAUGGUUUGUGAGAGAAACUGGAUCUCCUGCGAGCAGACGGGGAACAAUUGUUUUCCUACAUGGUGCCCCAACACAAUCUUAUAGCUAUCGGGUUGUUAUGUCUCAGAUGUCCGAUGCGGGUUUUCACUGCUUUGCACCUGAUUGGAUUGGAUUUGGUUUCAGUGACAAGCCACAACCUGGAUAUGGGUUUGACUACACAGAGAAGGAGUUCCAUGAGGAAUUUGAUAAACUGUUGGAGGUCCUGGAGAUCAAAUCUCCUUUCUUUCUGGUGGUUCAGGGGUUUCUUGUAGGUUCAUAUGGACUGACAUGGGCCUUGAAAAAUCCUAGCAAGAUAUCAAAACUUGCAAUACUGAAUUCUCCUUUAACAAUUUCAUCUCCUGUUCCUGGAUUAUUUCAACAGCUAAGGAUCCCACUUUUUGGUGAAUUUACUUGCCAGAAUGCAGUCAUGGCAGAGCGCUUUAUUGAAGCAGGUAGCCAAUACGUACUGAAGCUGGAAAAAGCUGAUGUGUAUCGACUACCAUAUUUGGCAAGCAGUGGACCUGGCUUCGCAUUGCUUGAAACUGCAAGAAAGGUUAAUUUCAGAGAAAUUUUGAGCCAAAUAGCUGAUGGAUUUGCAUUAGAAAGAUGGGAGAAGCCUGUCCUACUCGCUUGGGGAAUAUCAGACAAGUAUCUACCUCAAUCUGUAGCAGAAGAGUUUCAGAAACGGAACCCCUCUGCAGUCAAUAUUAAAUUGAUUGAAGGUGCUGGACAUAUGCCACAGGAGGACUGGCCUGAGAAAGUUGUUGAUGCUUUGAGACUAUUCUUCUAAAAUUCCGGAAUCAAGAGGUCAUCAAAUUGGUCUUGCACAAUUUCUUAUAUAUACGGAAAUGCAGUUCAAUCUGACUUAAGGACACGGGCAUCCAAUUUAAUUUUUGUUGUUUGUAAACUUAAUGGUAAUUGGUUAAGGAUGUCCAUCUUAGUUAAUUGGAGAUAAGGAAGAGAGGGUUUUUCUCCAGCCUAUGCCUAAAUGGAACCUGUCGUGUACUUAAACAACUUAUUCAGUUGGGAAAAUGUAUGUUUUCCAGAGGACAUGACAAGUAUAAUUUUCACAUAUUAAUCUUCCUGGUUUUAUUUAUUUAUUUAUUUAUUUUACCUUCAUUGUAAUUUUUAACAUAUGACAAAUAAAUUAUCCUGUUUUUU